UUUUGACAUUCCAAAAGUUUUGGCUGACGGGUUGGUGUUUUUCUUCGCGUUCGCCGAGAGUGAAAAAAAUCGAAAAUUUCACAGGUGCGGGUCGCGAAUUUCGCUCCGUUAGCCCUUUUUCACCCCUGCGGUUGGGCCCAAAGACUUCCGGGAAAUCGGUGGUGAUCGGUGCUGGUGCUAAGAGUGUAGUGUCGCCGUCGCAGGGGUUCGCAACGACGACGGAACCAUGGCCGACGAGGCUCCGACUGGUUCGGGGAAAAGUGGUGCGCCGUCGAAGAAACGGAAAUACAAAGUGAUCAUAAUCGGUGCUGGAAUGGCUGGGCUGUCGUCGGCGAACCAUCUGGCCAAGAACGGGUGUACGGAUUUUGCGAUUUUGGAAGCGCGGAACCGCGUCGGCGGGCGGAUCAUCGGAAUCGACAUGGGCACGCAGAAGGUCGAACUCGGUGCCAACUGGAUCCACGGCGUGCUCGGCAACCCGAUGUUCGAGCUGGCCAUGCAGCACGGCCUGAUCAGCAUCAUCAACAUCCCGAAACCGCACAAGGUGGUCGCGGCCACCGAGGAUGGGCGCCAGGUCCCGUUCCAGACGCUGCAGGAGAUUUACGAGGCGUACGUGUGCUUUCUGCGGCGGUGUGAGGAGUACUUCCUGUGCCAGUACCUGCCACCGCCGGACAUUCACAGCGUCGGCGAGCACAUCAACCUGGAAGCGGAGCUGUAUUUGAACAACGUUGACGACCAGAAGGAGAAGCACUUGAAGAAGUUGAUAUUCGAGUGUUUGCUGAAGCGGGAAACGUGCAUUACGGGCUGCCACAACAUGGACGAGAUAGAUCUGCUCGAGCUGGGCAGCUACACGGAACUGCAGGGUGGAAACAUUGUCCUGCCCACGGGGUACAGCUCGAUUCUGAAGCCACUUUGUGAUACGUUGCCGCGGGAAAAUAUCGUGCUGUCUUGUCCGGUGAAGACCAUUCACUGGAAGCGGAAAGCGGGCCGGGCUCACUCGGGCAAUAACAAUUCGGACACGAUCCUCGAGGAGGACGAAGAAGAGCUCGACUCUGACGAUUCAGACAAAACCGUGACGGAAGUCCCGAUCGGGGGCAAACCCGCCUCCACCGCCACAGCCAGCACUAGUGAUACCAAUGAGAAUAGCUUCAAGCAUUACACGUCGAACGUGCAGCUCGAGUGCGACGACGGAACCGUCUACGAGGCGGACCAUGUGAUUUGCACGCUUCCGCUGGGUGUGCUCAAGGAACACGGUCGAACGAUGUUCGUGCCAAGCCUGCCGGCGUACAAGAUGGAAUCAAUCGACGCGCUGCUGUACGGCACCGUGGACAAGAUCUUCCUCGAGUACGAUCGGCCCUUCCUGAAUGCGAAAAUCAGCGAAAUCAUGUUCCUCUGGGAGCAGGUCGAACCCGAACCGGACGCCGACCAGGACGAGUACCUGAAUGCGAACUGGUUCAAAAAGAUCUACUCCUUCUCCAAGGUGUCCGACACGCUGCUGCUCGGGUGGAUUUCGGGCCGCGAAGCCGAGUACAUGGAGACCAUCUCGCACGAAGUGGUCGCAGAAAAGUGCACCGAAAUUCUGCGAAAGUUCCUCAAGGACCCGUUCAUUCCAAAGCCAAAGCGGUGCGUGUGCACCAGCUGGCACAAGCAGCCGUACAGCUGCGGGUCGUACACGGCGAUCGCCGUGGGGGCGUCCCAGGACGACAUCGAAAACAUCGCCCAGCCAAUGUACUCUAGUCCGCACCAGUCGAAGCCGUCGGUGCUGUUCGCCGGCGAGCAUACGCACUCGAACUUUUACUCGACCGUGCACGGUGCGUACCUGAGCGGUCGAACCGCCGCCCAGAUCCUGCUGACGCCCGACUCACCGCAGGAGAUCGUGAUGGAGUCGGACAGCAGCGAUCUCAGCUCCUGGAUCCAGGGCAUCGCGCUCGAGUAGAGCUAAGUUACGCUUUCGGUUUUUCUCCAAGUCCUAAUUUUGUUUUGUUUGUGUUCAGUUCUCUGUUACUGCUUUAGAUUCUUAGACGACACAUCACUACUUUUUUUUACUUUGCACACUCGCGUUGAUUUGUGUUUCCUUCUUUUUCUGUGAAAAGGCAGUAACGGCAACGGGGAUCCUAGACUGAAGAUUUAGGUUUUAGCAAAGUGCUUUCCCACAAUUUAAACACAGUCACACUACAACCACUCCGCGUGGUGGUUCUGCGAGCAGCUGAUUGUGCUAAAAACAAAAACAAACAAGAAUUGAGUUGAUUAGUUAGAAUUAUAAGUAGCGCACACAUUACUUAACCAAAAACAACAAGGCUAAAUCCAAAGGAGAACUUUAGUUGCAAACAGGACUCUACGAAUCGAGAAUCCUUCAAGUAUUUUUUAAUCUUAAUUAUGAUUUGCUCUCUCCAAAUUCGAUUGAGAUUGCCCCAUCGCUGUAUUUAUUAUUGCAAUUAUUCGUUUUCCACGUAGAAUUAUCUAGUCUGUAAAUUUGUGUGCUAAAUCCUCCCAUGAUGUAGUGUAAACAUAGUGCAGAAUAACCCUGUUGAAACUUUGGUUAAAUUAUUUUAUUAAUUUGUUGACGAUAAGCGAUAAGCAAACAGUUUAUGUGCAUUUGUAAAGAAAAAGCUGAAAAAUCGCAUACACUUAUAAAAAAAGGAAGCUUACAGGCCUGGUGCAUGCAAAUAAACCACACACAAACAAAACCAAACAAACCAUAGACAAACCAAAAGGACGCCACGAAAGCACGCGAAAAGUUGACUCAACUCAUCACUUUUACCUUAACGAAUAUAAUCACAAACACACAAUAACACAACAAGCCCCGUCACGCAAAUAGAAGUUGGUUCUUGAUUGGGUAGAGAUUUCAGCAGUUUGUAGGAAAACAAUUGUAACGGAAUAGAGUUCUGCCCUGAUUGGUUAAGUAAAACGAUACAAGAAAAACAAAACAAACAUUGUUAGGCCAAAACAAUGCAUGAACAAUUGGGUGAACUGAGAGCGAAAGAGAGUGAACAACAACAAAAAAAAA